GUGACAGUCAAGCCCGCUGUUUUAUAAACACAAUAUUGUCAUAACAAUUUAUAAUAUACAGAAUAUGUGUUUCUCUUUUGAAAUUGUGCAUUUCUGUGGAUAUUAUUAAACCAAAUACCUAGUGCAGACACAUCAAAAAUGGCAGAGAAAAAUCAGAACGCCUUGGAUAUUAAUGGUCCGAAUUUUGAUCCAAACCUAUACCUGGAUAAGGUCUUCAAAGAAUGUACCUUGCGGCAAAUAAUGGAUCAUGAAAAUGAAAUAGUCAAAGAUACUCAAACUUUACAUUCUGACAUGCAAACCCUAGUGUAUGAAAACUACAAUAAAUUCAUUUCUGCCACAGACACAAUUAAAAAGAUGAAAAAUGAUUUUAAGAAGAUGGAAGAUGAGAUGGAUCUACUGAUGUCUAACAUGGAAACUAUCACAUCAUUCUCUGACAAGAUUAACUCAAACCUGCAAGAGAGCCGAGAUAAGAUUUCACAUUUGUCUGGAGUUCAUUCGUUGUUGCAAAGGUUGCAGUUCCUAUUUAAACUUCCUGGCACCCUAAAAUCAAGGAUGGAGGAGAAAAACUACAUACAAGCUACCCAAGACUAUUUACAUGCCCAAAGAGUAUUACAGCAAUAUGGUGAUAUGCCAGCAUUCCAGGGAAUUAAACAUGAUUGUGAAGCUAUUCUAUCAGAACUAAAGACCGAAUUAAGAAAGCAAUUCUGCAAUGCAAAUGCCUCCACCAAAGAACUGGCAGAAUCAGUUGAUUUGCUUUUACAAUUGGAAGAACCACCCACUGAAUUAUGUAUGGAAUUUUUGUCCUGUGCAGAAAAGAGACUUAGUGAACAACUUGUCAUGUUAAAAGACCAAAGUGAGCAAAGAGAUAUUACUGAAUUUAUUGACCUGGGGUCUUCAGGAUUCCUAAGUGACAUUUGCUUAAUAGUAGCUUCCUUCCAUGAUAUGUUUAUCAAUAGGGUUAAUACAGAAAAUUUGGAUAGCAGUGAGAUUUUUGAAAACUUUGCUGCUGUGGAACUCGAGUCUUUUGUCAAAGAAAAUAUGAAAAAAUACUUUACUCUGGUACAGACAAAAGUAGAUUCAGAGCAGGAAAUUGUUGAUACACCUACAUUAGUCAGAGCCCUUGACCAUUUCUAUCUAAGAAUUGAUGGUAACAGAUUUUCAAAAGAUGUAAAUUUUACGGAAAUGGCUACAGAAAUCAUUAAUCGAGCUGCUAGAAAACAAUGUAAGGCUCAUUUACAAGUAUUAAAACUAGGUUUUUCUGAUACACUUACUAAAGUAAAACAGGCUUUGGCUACUCCAAAACUGAUAAGCCAAGAGGACACUUCAAUGAAUUUAAGUGAGCUGCUGAAUUCAAUGAUAACAACUGUAGUCGAAAAAACUAAGGGUGUCUUACAGGAUUUGGUAUCUUUUAUUGGCCCUGAAGUAACAUUUGCUAGAAAGUCUGACUUUAGAGAAAGUUUGUGCCUAGAUAAUGUCAGGGAGGGCCUUAUUGUGUGCUUUUUGCACCACUUGACUGCUUCUGUAAGAAACAUAACUGCAGAGGGAGGACCUAAUUCAAAAAUGCCUCCAACACUGGUUCUACUACUUUCUAGAUUUUGCUUGGAUUUUAAAAAUAGCAGUGUGCACUUUCUACUCUCCAAAACUGAUGAAAUUUUCUCUGUUACACCAAAGAGGAAUAGCAGUGCACUGACAAAUGAAACUGAAAUCUGCAAAGCUAUGCAAGAAUCAGCUCAGUUUUUGCUAAACUACUAUGUACAGCUUCAGGGCCAUAACUGUUCUCAAAUGUUAAGAAAAAGUGUAGAGACUAGGGAUUGGCUACAUACCAUUGAGCCUAGAACAGUUAGAGCUGUAAUGAAGAGGGUGGUAGAAGAUAUAUCUGCAAUAGAUGCCUCUGUAGCUCUGCUCUAUGAAGAUCAGGGCACUGCAACAGGCAACAGUAGUGAUUCAAGCAGAAAGACACAUAGCAUUUCUGUGUCUAGAGCACAGUACAAAUCGAAUUGGUCAAGCUAUACCCCCAGCCACUUAGAUUCAACCCUAGUCUCCAAUAUGCAUAAAUUAUUUAGUGAAAGAAUAGAGAUUUUUUCACCAGUUGAGUUUUCAAAAGUGUCUAUUCUAACAGGCAUCAUCAAAAUAAGCUUAAAGACAUUCAUGGAAUGUGUCCGAUUGAAAACUUUUAGUAAAUAUGGGCUUCAACAGAUUCAAGUUGAUACACAUUACCUGCAGCUGUAUUUGUGGAGGUUUGUUGCAGACGAAAAUCUAGUUCACUUUCUGCUAGAUGAAAUCUUAGGUUCCACAGUUCACAGAUGUUUAGAACCAGUUUUAAUGGAACCAAGUGUUGUUGAUAUCAUAUGUGAAAGAGGUUGAAUUAACAAUUAUUAUUGUGGUAAAUGUAAGCUAUUUAUUUCAAAUAUUAUUAUAUUAAGUUUUA